AUAUGGGGCCAUCCACCUUCCCUCACAGCUACAGAUCUUUUACUGGACCCUGCAUGUUUUCACCGGAAUUUCUUCAGUAACUGACCACGUGUCUUAGUUUCGUAUUUGCACCCAUCUAUAUACUAGGAAUCAUGGUGACACCUACAUAUUGUAAUGAACAUUUUUAUUAAGCACUCAACUACAUUUGACAUGAAUCCUAAAUUAUUGUAUACAUUUUUACACACGUAAUAUCACUUCAAAUAUGGGGUAUUUCCACUUUUUGAAAAAGUUGACCGGGCCUAUAGUGCGAAACCGUCCCCUGCUACCUUGUCAGACGGCUCCACGAAAACAGCCUUUCUAAAGGACAUAUCUUGAGAGAUAUGUCAGGUAUGAGGGCGAGUCAAUAAGUAUUUAAUUGCCCUCCAGUGCACUUAGACCAACGAUGUUCAAGUGCCAUCAGCCUGAACUAAAAAAGUCGGGGUCCUUUCCAUUGACCCACUCCUCAACUGCCGUCACGACUUCUUCGUCAGACCGAAAAUGACGUCCAUGGAUAUCCUUUUUCAAGUUUGAGAAUAGGAAGAACUCGCUAGGAGCUAGGUCAGGCGAAUAGGCAGGAUGUGGUAUUAAUUCAUACCAUUUUCGCUUUACAGCAUCCAUUGAAACUUUUCAAGUGUCACUGUGGACUCUCGCGUUGUCCUGUUGCAGCAAAACACCUUUAGAGGGUUUACGUCGGCGUUUUUCACGGAUGGCAGUUUUCAGCUGGUCUAACAAGUUUGCAUUGUAUACUUCAGUUAUUGUACUUCUCUUAGGUAAAAAGCCCAACAUAAUAACGCGUUUGCGUCACAAAAUACUGUGGCCAUCACCUUCCAGCAGAUGGUUGAGUCUUGAACUUCUUUGGCUUCAGGGACCCAAGCCCUAACCACUGACGACUCUGAGCCUUAUUCUCUGGCUCAUAAUAAUGAACCCAAGUCUCAUCUACAGUCAACAGAUGCAAAAGAAAAUCAUAUUUUGACCUAAAACGCUUCAACAAGGCCCUGCAUACUGAUGCUCUGGUCGCCAUUUGCUCAUCGCUAAGGGAGUUGAGGACCCAAUGGGAUGUUAACUUGCGCAUAACUAAACGAUCAUGUAAGAUUAUUGAAACGCUACCAUGUGAAAUGCCUAAUGCCUGCGCUAUUUCUUCCACAUGAAUUCACCUAUCAGAGUAUACCAGAUCCCGAACUUUCGUACACAUUUCUUCGUCGGUGGUAUCCAGCGGGCGUCCAGACCUGGUUUCAUCUUCUAAAGACGUUCUACCGCGUUUGAAUCCCCCUACCCGAAUUUAACCUGAGCAUAAGAUGGUGCAGAAGAGCCUUAAACAUCAGAUAACUCGCCGUGUAUUUCCUUGACUGUUUUACCUUUUAGAUACAAGUACCGAAUUAUAGCAUGAUACUCAACUUUAAAUGAAAAGCAUGCCUUUGCAUCACUAGCCAUGUUUGACAUUCAAUAUCUUAUCUAAGAAUGACUCGAUACGCGUGCAAUUUUGUACCCAGGUAUAGAACAUGUAUUGAAACAUGGCAUGAAAAUCGUGACCAUCUCGGUCAAUCGAAAAUGGGAUAGGCUAGUUACUUAUUAACUCUCCUUUGUAUCUCCUCGACUAUUACACCAACAUCAACUUAUUUGCCAGUUGCUUGCCUCGAUUUAAAAACUGAUUAUACACAGAACAAGCUAUUGCGUAUCGAAUCACUUGAUAGAUAUAGCCACUAUAUACAGGUGAUAAUAGAAAGUUGGUACAUAAAUAUGGGAAGUUGACGAUGGAAGUGAAAUCAUCCUUUUGUUAUAAAGUUGAGUUAUUUGUCGUUAAUACUCAAUUUUUACUAGAAUAUCUAAGUACGUAGCAGAUGUGGAGGAUUGGUGAUUAUGUGCCCCACGUGUACACAAACAGGCAUAUAUCAAACAAAUUACAUGUAACUAUGUGUGUUCCACUUAAACCAAAAAAAAAAAAAAACAUACUAAACAAAUAAUUGAUGCAUCUAAUUUCCGCCGUACGCUGGUUCAAGCGUCGCUAAAAUAAGAAGUGGUUAUUUUGAGCAUCAAAUGAUGACAUAUCAAUAUCAAUUAGAUCAUAAUUAUGCAUUACUUUAAAGAUAUACAUGUACAAUAUAGAUUAGCUGACAGUCUAAGGUUCAAGAGUUAGUGCUAACUACAUUUUGUAGUACCAUUGUGAGUGUUUAGUUAUAUAUUAUAUCAUUAUUUCCUCGAUUUAUUAAUAACACAUAAUAGGUAAAUAUGCAUUUUUGUAACAUAAAAGCAAAUUCUAGAAGAGAGAGGGGGAUAGAGAGAGGGGGUAGAAAUUGAGGGAGAUAUAUAUAGAGAGAUAACAUUGUAGAGUUGUGUGAUCUAUAUAUUCAAAAUCUGUUUUACUGAUAUCUUAGACUAUCCCCAGUUUACGACCAUAAAGCUUUUUUUUUUAUUGACACGACAUUGUCAAUCAUUUUGGUUUUUGAAAUGAACGAAACUUUAUUUCUUAAAAAAAGGAAACGGAAGAGUUCAUGUAAAAUGUUCUCACAUCAACAUUACGUAAUUCUAAUUAAAAGCUACUUAAGGCGGACAACCUAGUGCCGGGUCUCUCAAAGUUCAUUUUCUAUAUUCAAUUCCAUAUUUCGUUUCCUACAUAUCCUCGCCCAAAUUAAGAUUAAUUGGAAUUCUAUUCUAUGAAUUCCUCAUAUUGUAUUUCACUGAAAGCACUGUGUAAAUAACAUCGGUUUUCAUGGGGGACAUAAGGAUCCUCCGACUUUUCUGUACUAUCUUAAUUUUCUACAAUGAUGUAUACGGUUAUUGGUCUUUUUGGAGCGACUGGACCACAUGUCCUUCACCUUGUGAGGGAGAAAUAAGAUCGAGAAGACGACGUUGUACAACACAGUUUUGUAAUGGAAUUUAUUAUGAAUAUGAGUCCUGCGAGCCCAAAGAUUGUUUAGAAUUUUAUUUUCUAGAGCCAACCAAAUCACCAGUGGCUUUAAAAGAAAACUUUAACCCCCUUCCUAUUCAAGAAACAUCGAAGUCCUUUGAAUCGCCAAGUAAGGUCCCCCGAAUAUUACUGAAACCCAUGCCAAUCUUAAUCACCAGCGAUCUGAAGAACACCCGCCAGACACAAAAGAAUACGUUCGCCGUCGUGACCACUUCUCCCAGAAAAUCUGAAGUAAGCGAUGCUUUAAAUGAAAUGUCGACACUACAAAAGAGAAAUUUGAAGGAAAAUACAAAAUCCUCACAAACAACACGUAUUUUCAAUGCUCGCCACGAUCAAAAUCUUCAUACAAUAUCAGAAGGACAAACAACAAGCGUGCACGGAAGUGACGUCACUGUUGCCAUACUGGUAGCGGUUCCAAUUAUAACAGGAUGCAUCGUUUUAUACACCAUGGCUAAAAUCUACAAAUUAAUAAAAGAUCGACAACAAAAACACACGAAUGACAAACCAGACAGAUGUACCUCAUUGUCGUCCAGUGAAAAGAAUGACGAGGAAAGGGAAACACAAGAAGAUUAUAAUUACCUGACCUACAACGAUAUCAGCAAACGGAGUUCGUGCGAAAACAGCUCCCCAACUCACAGUUACGUUUAUGACGUCACUUGGUAUUAGUAACGCAAUGAAUAAAAAUAGGGCUCUCGGAAAGCUUUUUAUUUUCUUAAUGACACAAUAGCUAGUUAUUAAUAUUUCAUACCUAGAUUUGGAUUUCAUUUUGCAAAUAUUUUAAAUUUGUAAGUAUGCUUUUCUGAAUAAUGGUUUCCAACGCUACAAAAUGUCUAGGUUUUGCACUUCGGCAUUUACAUGUACCUAUCGUGAAAUAGAUUGGUUGUUUGGUGUUUUUGUUUUUUGGUUGGUUUUUUUUUUUUUUUUUUUUGGUUUUUUUUUGGUUUUUUUUCCUUUUGUUUUGACCAUAUUUUAUGAUCAGAUCAAAAGCAUUGGGAACAAGUUCUAACAACUUACUAGUCCCUCUCCUCAUAGAGAAAUAGAGUUCACAUUAACUAUGUUUUGUGAAAUGCAAUUGAUUUGUGAUUAUCUCUCUGACCCCUAUUUACUCCUCAAACAAUUUUUUCACGGAUUGCAAUAAUUUGGUAUUUUUGCAGUAUGUACUGAAAUAUGAUUUCUUUCGUUUGAACUUAUUUAAUUAAAUGAUGAAUAAUUAUGAGGUAGGCGGGAUUAGAAAGUGCUGACGGGUAGAGGGUAUUCGAAUAGUAUUCAUACCGACAAUUCCGGACGACACGAGAAAUUCGCUCUAAAGUACGCAGAACGAGCCUCCAUAUCAGAUAUACUAAGUCUCAGAGAGUAGAAUAUGUGAAUAACGAAAUAUCAGGUUUGAGACACGAAAUUCAAGGCACAACUAUUUCUGUUAGUACGGAACUGAAGAAAUUCAAGGGUGAAUGUGAGAUUACUUGGAAGUCCAAGGGGAACAAAAUCCAGUAGAAUUUUGUCCGAUUUUAGAAUACGUCAAAUGCAAAUUGGAUAGAUAAAAUUCUUUGUAUUAAUGUCAAAAAGUUAUCUUGUCAACCUUCAUGUGUGAGGAUAGUUUACUUAGAUGCAAGUGGAUGUGCUUUUGGGGGUUACUGUGUUGAGAGUAGACAUAGUACAACACAUGGUACAUUGUAUGUGGAAUUGUGAUGGCUCUUACAAGGAGUCGACUUGGAGGGAGUUAGUUGCAGUUUUAAGAGUGUUAUGAGCUUGCAGGAUAGAGGGUUAAAUGGUUUAAUGCAAACUAUGGGUAUUAAUGUUAGAUUUUAUUCGAAGGGAAGGUACAAAAGAAAUAUGAUUUCUUUCGUUUCAACUUAGUGAAUUAGACUUCAAAUAUUUUCUUUUGUUGGAAUGAUAAAUGAUUAUGAGGUCAGCGGGAUGAGUACAUUGUAAGUAGAGAAGGGAGGGUAUUCGAAUAAUAUUCCCAACUAUCUAUUUUGUAUUGCUUGUAGGAGUUAUGAGAUUGAUCACUGUUCGUUAUCUUUACCUUGCAUUCAUUCGGACAAUUCCGGACGACGCAAAAAAUUCGUUUUAAUUUAAAAGAGAACUAUUUGAUGUUUCAUAAUGAAUCCAUUUUGAAUGAAGUAUAUUGCGCUGUUGAAUUUCAUUGACAAGGUGCUUGUCAGGUUACAAAACUCAUGAAGUUUUGAAUUUAUUAUAAUUGAUGAGUUAAUGAGGGAACUGCGUUUAAUGGCGAUGUGAAAUGAAGUGAAUGUCAUUGUAAUUUUAAAUAUAAAAAAUAAUUUGUUGUAUCUGAAUAGCAUGAAAUCGAGGAACAUUAAAUAUGACCGAUCUACAUGUAUAUCCUAUCUUUGGUUCAUUUCCGUUACCGACAUCACACUGUCAACGCAAUUCUACUAAAUUCUAUAUUCCGAGUAAUAUGUAUUUAGAAAAACGUGUCCGGUUUGAUAAUAAUUGCCUGGUACGUAUAGCAAGGUGCAUAUUCUCUUUGCAAUAAUUAUUGUCAAAUGGUACACUAUCUUGAAAGAUCUUCUCAUUGUUAAUUACAUUCAAUUGACACGUCACAAUGGAAGGCAUGUUAUUGCGCGCAUGUUGCAGCACAUUCGUAACAAAAUACACGUUCGGCGCCAAGAAACAGCAAACAUUGUUAUUACACCUGACUUUCUUUCUAUAUAAAAUUAAUAAGAUUUAGAAUCAAUAUUUGAACUGAUAAACCAACUCUCACACUCGUGGUCUGUUGAAUGGUCAAUAGUCUGCCUUAUUCAUAUUGGCAACAACAAGUCUUACGACUCUUGUUCUGUUGCUAUGUUUUACGUAAUUGCAAGGCUGCUGAUGAAAUAUAGAAUUUAUUAGAUGAAACAGAGAGCAGAAAUAAGGAAAAUGUAACUAUCAAUUAGGACAUCGGGUAUGUUUUCUUUUAAACAAGUGAAUACGGUGAUAAAUGAACGUGAUCACACAGUCUUGUUAAACAUUCUAAGUCAACUAGUGCAUCUAGUAAAAACAACCUAAAAUGAAGGCGUAUAUAACGAAACAGUUAUAGACUGUGUUCUCAGCCAAAAGCUACGGCUUUGGGCAAAGAUCCGUUCUUGGGUCAAACAAAUCAACUGUUAUCCUCGUACUCAGUCAAUAAAUGUAUACUAAUGACCUGUCCGGUCAAUAUUUUAUCUGAUACACAAUCAGAAAAAAUUAAAUUAAAGAAGAAACAAGCUCAAAGAGCAACAGAAACCUGUUAAGUUCAAUUGAAUGAGAAAAGAAAACGACUAUUUUGAUUUUUCUUGUUUUUAUUUGUACAUAUGCUUGUGGAUAAAAUAUUAUAUUUCGAUUAGGAUAAAUAUUUACCCAUGAUUAACUGAAAGAAGGGAGAAUAUACUCAUCAUUUAAUCAAUAAGUGACAAUAGGAUAGAUUACCAUGAAGUAUAAAUAAUCAUUUCAUACAAUUCGAUAGGCCGGAAACAAUGCCAAAUAUUGUCCUGGCUUAUUACGUAACGCGGAAAUUCAGCUUUUAUAUCAUUUUUUGAGAGAGUUUGAUAAUAUCGUUUCGGAAAUUUUAUUUACGUUCUCAAAUUCGAUCCAGGUUAAUUUCUCUGUCCAAAUAUAUUUUCACGUACUUUUGAAAUUCAUGGAUUUUUGUCAUACUAAAUAUUUUUACAGCAAUGAAACAAUCGUAAAACACUGCUUUUAUAAUUAACUUCAUCGUUUUGGAUGACGUGACAUUGGCGAUCAUUGAACACAUGUUGUACAUGUGUACACGUGUUGACGUAAUUAUAGCCGCACUUUCUAUAGAAAAUUGUCACCCUGGUCCGUCCGUCACACUUUCUUCUUCUUCAAACUCCUCUUUUAUUUUCAGCAGUAAUCAAUAAAGCUUUUGGAAUAUGAUAAGUGGUGUCCUGUAGAUGUGCAAUAAAGUUUUGGGAUUUUCAAUUUUAGUCUGUAGGUCAAAUGAGGGUUAAAAAACCCCUGUUCUUUCUAAAACAAAUUCCCUGGCUUCCAGAAGUACUGUUACAUUCUAUGCAGUAGCCAAGUCAUCUUUUGGAAGAUGAUUGGUGAUGUCUUUCAGAUGUGCAAUAAGAUUUCAGAAUUUUCAUUCUCACUCUGGGGGUUUAUUGAGGGUCGAAAAACGACGUUCUUCUAUACAUGUAGACAAACAUUGUUCCCAGAAGCCCUCUUACAUUUUAUGCAGUGGCCAAAUAAUCUUUUGGGAGAUGAUUGGUGGUGCCCUGUAGAUGUACUAUAAGUUUUCGGAAUUUUCAUUUUCAUAUUGAGGGGAAAUGGAGUGGAAAAACGACAAACAAAAACCUGGCGCUCAGUACAUUGUGUCAUGUGCAACACUAAUAUAUUUGCUUUAAGAGUUGGAAUCUCAACCAUUUUAAAGAUGUUUGAAGGAUGAAAAAAAGAUGGCAGUUGGGAGGACUCCGGGACACUUAUAUGUGGUCUAUAUCGCUUUAACAGGUACGACAGAUAUAGAUAAAUUUUUCAAUCUAUCAAUGUGAAAGAUCUUGAACAAAGCCAAAACUAUUGCAAUCAUUCCUAUCGAAAUUAAACUGUUGAAUGUCAAACGUUGUAAUAUUUGAUCUCUCCAUUUGUAAAAUGUAAUUUUUCAUUUCUAUCGUAUAAUUUUUCAUUUGUAUUUUUUUUCAUUUGUAUUGUGUAAUUUUUUAUUUGUAUUUUAUAUUUUCCAAUUGUAUAUUCUAUUUUCCUAUUUGUAUUGUACAACUUUUCAUUUUUAAAAUUCUAUAUUUUCCAUUUGUAUUCUGUAAUGUUUCAUUUGAAUUGUAUUAUUCUUCAUUUGUAUUGUAUUAUUCUUCAUUUAUAUUGUAUUAUUUUUUAUUUGUAUUGUAUAUGAAGGAUUGUCUAUAAUUGUGGUUUGUUACAAACGAUUUCAUUGGUUUAAAUCAUGAUUCAACUAUGAGGCUAUAUGCUAUACCACUUUUAUAACUAUUGUUUACUUACAAAUAGCCAUAUUUUCUAUUUUUGCUUUUGAUAUCUUUACAAAUUUUAAUGAUGGUCAUUUUCUCAUGAAUACGCUGCAGUUAUAAACAAUGAGCGUAUGAAUCUUGAUAAGUGUGAAUAAAAGACACCGCAGAGUCCUCUA